AUGACGAUACGACGAUUUUUGAUUCAAGCAUUGGCAACAUUAUAUUUAGUCUGCAUUGUUAAAGGUCAAUACGCGGUCAGUACACAACCUUCAACAUGCGGAUGUUGCCCAUCAUCAUAUUGUCCGAGGCAAUCAAUACCGUGUUCAACAAAUAUCGAUUGCGGAUGUUUAAUGAUGGCGAUGACCGGAGGAGGAAUGUGUGCAGAUACGAUUUUGUCAUGCAAUAAUUUGGUUCCCUGUCAAAAUGAUAAUAUAACAUGUUCAACACCUAACACUGUAUGUGUCAAUAAUACUCGGUGCGGAGUUCCUGUUUGUUAUCCAAUCGCUUAUGCUUCCGUUCAACGUUGCCCACCAUUGACUUCAACAAACUCAAACAGUAGUACAACAUCAGCCUCAACCUCAACCUCAACCUCAACAUCCACGUCAACCUCAACAUCAACAACAACUACAAUAACAUCGACAGCAUCUAGAACAACAACUACAAUAACAUCGACAGCAUCUAGAACAACAGCUACAAUAACAUCGACAGCAUCUAGAACAACAACGACGACUACUAUAUCUACCAUUACGACAACAAAUUCUUCAUACUUGACACCAUCAACAGCUCUCUGUAACAACACAACAGUGACAUCUUGUACUACAACAACAUCUAUUGUGGCCAGUUGUCAGAGUUAUGAAGUAUCGUGGAAUAAUCGCUGCUAUUAUCUAGACGGAUCAGGUGGUAAUUGCACAAUUGGUUACAGUCGAGCAACAAAUGCUGUUUUGGGAUGCAUAGCGACCCGAUUUGCUAAUAAAACAUAUCGAAGUACAAUAUCAAAUAAUUGCUGUGUUUGGGCGGCAGAUACCUAUGAAUGUUAUGGGCUUACCAGUAAUUGUAAUGCAGCUGGACCUUUUAGCGCAGGACCAGCAUGGGCUGGUGGUGGUGGUUGCACUAAUAUACAACAGCGUUACUCUGCUCAAUUAACAUUUUGUGGUAGUAAUUAG